UAUUGAGAUUCCAUCGCCGGAAACAUGGAUAAAAAACAAGUGGCGAUCGUCGGAGCCGGAAUCAGUGGCCUCCUCGCUUGUAAAUACUGCCUUACCAAAGGCUUCAACCCCAUUGUCUUCGAGUCGGAAUCCGGCAUCGGUGGCGUAUGGGCUAAAACCUUCAAAUCCACCAGGCUCCAGGCUCCAAAACCUUUGUACCAGUUUUCCGACUUCCCAUGGCCGCCUUCUGUCACCGACGACUUCCCUACCCACCAACAAAUGCUAGACUACUUCCGGUCCUACGCCAUCCAUUUUGAUCUCAUACCUCACAUCAAAUUACAUUCACGAGUCAAGGGAAUCAGCUACGACGGACCAUCAUCGGAGCCAUGGUCCCUAUGGAACAGCACCGGCGAACCAUUUCCACCUAACGGAAAAUGGAAUGUCACCGUUGAAAACACUGAAACUGCCACAAACCAGGUUUACACCGUGGAUUUCGUGAUUCUCUGUUUAGGAAGAUUUAAAGACGUUCCAAACAUACCGGAAUUCCCCGCCGGAAAAGGCCCUGAAGUUUUCCGAGGCCAGGCGAUUCACUCCAUGGAAUACGCUGCAAUGGAUAAUGAAAAAGCUGCUGAAUUCGUGAAAGGGAAGAGGGUCGUCGUCGUGGGGUUCGGGAAAACAGGACUCGACAUUGCAAGAGAGUGCUCCUCAAUCAACGGUCCAGAACAUCCAUGUAAGAUAGUAUAUCGACGUGAUCACUGGAAGCUCCCGGAUUGGGCUCCAUGGGGAAUCCCAUUCACAUAUUUAUACUUCAAUCGCUUCUCGCAGCUUUUGGUUCAUAAGCCCGGCGAAGGUCUUCUCCUAAAUCUCAUCGCCACUUUACUUUCACCUCUAAGUUGGGGAAUCUCGAAACUUGUGGAAAACUACAUCAAAAAGAAACUUCCGAUCAACAAAUACGACAUGGUGCCACAGCAUAGCUUUUCGAAAGACACCCGUGCAUGUUUAAUUACGUAUAUGCCUAAUCCUGAUGAGUUCUUCGAUGAGGUUGAGAAAGGAAGCAUCAAGUUGAAGAAAACACAAAGUUUCAGCUUCUACGACAAUGGUAUUUCGAUUGAAGACGACAAAACACGUAUAGAAGCAGAUAUUGUAAUAUUCGCAACUGGAUUCAAAGGCGUAGAAAAGCUAAAAAACAUUUUCGAAUCAUCAACGUUUCAGAAAUUCAUCUCUGGUUCACCACGAGUCCCUCUUUACAGGGAAUGCAUUCAUCCACGCAUACCGCAGUUAGCAAUAAUUGGAUUUUCAGAGGGUCUUUCGAAUCUGUACGUAUCAGAGAUGAGGUCGAAAUGGGUGGCAGCGCUUCUUGAAGGUGCGUUCAAGCUACCGAGUGUUGAUGAGAUGCAGAAGGAUAUUGCAAGAUGGGAUGAAUAUAUGAAGCAAACAACUGGGGAAUACCAUUAUCGGUCGUCAGUUGGUGCUUUAGAGAUAUGGUACAAUGAUCAACUGUGCAGAGAUAUGGGUAUGAAUCCUAUGAGAAAGAAUGGAGGAUUGGCUAACCUUUUUGAGCCUUAUGGUCCCAUGGAUUAUGCCUAAUGAUGUGCCCGAACAGUCAUGCAUCAUGGUCCAUCUUUUUUUUUUUUAAUCAAAUCAAUAAUAUUAACUUUUGGUAAGAAUGUCAAGGAGUCGGGUGUUAUCAAGUGUUGGGCUUGAUCCUAUUUGAUUUAUUAAGGUAGGUACAUGUUGUAUUAUGAUUGCAACCAUGUAUGAAAGAUGAUAGAUUAAAUGGUUGGAUAUCUCGCCUAAAUCAAAGCAGAAUGUUUCGUAGUUUGUCACAUUCUGUAAAGGGUCCACACAAGUUUAAUUUGUAGGGUCUUAUUGUGAAAUAUGUGGUCGUUUGAAUAUUUUUCAAAUUUGUGGUUACUUUGUUAAAUUUGUGGUUAACUUAUUUGGUUAAA